ACCAUAGUGCCAGUGAAGGAAGUGACCGAAAUGCAAACGCUUGUGAUGGCUCACACUAGUCUGAACAAUAAGAGAAGUUCUCUGCCUCUGAAAGCUUCAAAGAAUGACAAAUCAAGAAGUUUGAAAAAAAUCUCUCGAGAGUUCAUCAACUAUAUGAAGCGAUCCCGAACAUUUUAUGCCUCUAUAACAGAAAGACUGUGUGAUGGAGACCUGGUGGUGAGAGACAGCUCAACUUGCUGGAACGGAGAAGAUGUGGUAGAAAGUUAUACCAACAGAGUUGUAACCAAUGGACUGAAGGCACAAGUUAAUAACCCAGAAUUGAAAGUCAGAGGACUAGACCCGCUCAUCAGUAAUUUAAUUGAUAAACUUCAGCACUUUAAUCAACUGGAUGCUGAGAAGGCAAAAUUCAAACUGGAAAGAUGGGCUUCCCGAGAGGCUGGCAGCGGGGCUGGAAGAAGUGAGGAGACAGAGUCAAGUGGGGAUUGUGAUGAUGAGGAUGGCUGUCAAGGAUCUGGUGACAGGAUUCACUCAGCAGAUGGACUCAAGAAAACCCAUGCAGAAAACAGGAACGAACCCAAGCCAACUGUGAAAAAGACUGACACCACCACCACCACAAGCACCGUCAAGUCCUCCUCCAAACACACUGUCCCCGGCAAGGGGAGCAGCGCGGGCCCGGCCUCCUGGCUCUGCGUCGUGGCGGCGCUGGCCGCCCUGUGGCACGGGCCGCUGUAG